AUGCUGCCGCCGAGCGGCCCAAGCAACGGCGGCGGCGACAACGCGCCAGGCGGUAAGGUUGCAGGAGUUGUCAAGGCGCGAAAUCGGACAUAUCCUUGUCAGGGCUGCUCACAGACUGGCGAGUGCAAUGUGAGAUCAUGUGCUGUGGAAUAACCUGAGAGCUUUGCUGAUGGACUGUAGUGCGAUGGCUACAGCAAGCGCGAUGUACGCUAUUGCGCGGGGCCUGGGUCCGCAUACCGUCACAGGCACUCCCUGUGCCCAAAAAGGACAAGGCUCGCGUCCACAAAGGCUACAAUGGCGGCAAGUGUGGUGGUGGUAAGCAAGGCAAGGGCGGCGGAGGUCGCAAGUGA